GUAUUGGUGGCGCGGAUGUAGAGCUGUACUUCUGUGGAGAAUAUGCAUGUUUUGGACAAUGAAAUAUACAUGGUUCCGUGUGGCAGGAACACUGGCUAGCAAUUAAAGACUAAUGCAAGGGUCAUUUGGCGAAAACAUGUCUGAUCUUUCAGAGAGACAAAAAUUACACCAGACACUGCUUUUAUUUUAACUUUUCCGAAAAGUGACGAAGUCAGCACUUCCUGUUUCGUAUUUCCGCGUCAAAAUGGAACAAAUUGUAUAUGUUGCCAUUGGUAUAGGAUCCUGUAUUGUGGUGCUUAUCGUUCUGUGGAUUCUAUGCAAAUGCAGGAGAAGGUCUAGAUUUGAUUACACUGCCAUUGAUGAAGAGAAAUCUCUGAUCUACAAAUGGGAGACUGAAAAACUCACUCAGAAAAACACCCAAAGAGAUGCUGUUUUAUUGAAUUGUUACUACUAUCUCAAAGACACCAAGACAUACAGUGUUGUGAAUCACCUGCCUGAGAUAGGAAGUCGGCUGAACAAGCAUUGGUUCCUUGUGAAGAACUCUAAAACACGCAUGGAUGCUGUGCUGGCAAUGUUGGAAUGGUCCCCAAAGUCUCUAAUCCCCUGUAGCAAACAGACAAGGAAUACUUUGAAGGAAUUAUUGGACGCAUUAGAGCAUCCUUAUCUAUUGCCCAUCCUAAGCAUCGACGUGAUGUUGGACCGUGAGAUGGUGAUCAUCAUUCAGCCUUAUAGUCCAGCUGGAUCUCUGAAAGAUAUUAUUUAUGGGUCUCGCCCAACAUCACCCUGGCUAGAGAAGUAUGAGUUCAAGGGCAAAGGGCUAACAGUUCUACAGAUCAAGAAUUAUGGACGGCAGAUAUUAGAGGCCCUUAUUUAUCUUCAAGAAAGGGGACUUCCUUCCUGUUCUCAUGUGCAUUCUGGCAAUGUGUAUCUCAUUGAUGGGGCGUGCAGAUUUUCCGGAUAUGAAUAUUCUUUAUUGGGUUACAAAGCAAGGUUACAGCCCUUAUUCAAAAAACUUGUCAAGAAGAAUAAACAGGCUAUUGAUGUAUUGGCUUUUGGGCAUCUGUUGUUCGAGAUGGCCGCAGGGUAUGAGCUGAACACAGCCGAGCCAUCAGAUGAGCAAAUGGAAAGCUGUUACUGUCCUCAAGUCGUAGAGGUCCUGAAUUCUAUAUUCUUCAAUCACAGCGGAGCAUAUCCGUAUUUGGAAGAGAUAGCAAGUUAUGCAUUUUUCAAAGAUGCUGAUAUUAAUCAUCUGAAGAAAAUGCAAGGUGCAAGACAGGUCAAACUUGGCUCGAAUACUAGAGCAAUGUUGAAAUUAUUUCAUACCAAAGAAUCUGAUAACAGAAGUUGUCGGAAGUCUUUGAAAAGGCGAUCGAGGGCAGCCAGCAUAAACACAGAAUCCAAGAAAGAAAAGAAAUCAUCCAGGUCAAAGUCAAAGCGCAAGUCGCUAGACUCCAGUAUCCCUUCAGUGGUCUUCAGCAAAGUUGGCGCAGCGAUGACGUCAUAUCCCCCUGCAAAGGGUUCUUCUAUCUUUUCCCCACCACCUCCCCCGCCGGCUGUACCUCCAGCUAUCAGAGAGCAUGCGCCAACCAAAGCAGCCGCUGGGAAGGAAAGAGGAGAACUGCUGUCUUCCAUCAGGCAGGGAACGAGGCUAAAAAAGGCUGACACCAAUGAUAGAAGUGCGCCAAGAAUUUGAGAAUGCCUUAAUAUGACACUGAUUCUUGUCUGCUAAUAGCGCUUCUAGAUAGUACCGUCUCACCAAUAGCACCCAAGACUAAAACGAAAAGGGCUCCUGGAGACUCGAGGUCUAAAUAAGGCAUCAUAGUCUAGGCUACAAGGUAGGAUACGGUAUUAGGGUAUGAGGUUAGCGUAGGGGACAAAUAUAACAAUAUUGCAGAGGAACGAAUAACCUGGAAUUGGGCUUUACAGUAAAAAGACCACACCUGGAUGUAUGAGAUACGACUGCUAAUAACACCUCGAACUUGUAAAGUAGGUGACAGGCAUGUAUCGUACUCAACACUUCCCAUGGGUUUCCUGUGGCAAAAAUGUGCUUUAUCCAAGCAACACUUCAAACCCUCUAAGUAAAUCUGUAAAGUUGAGAUUUCUUCCGUAUUUCUUAUUACCGGGAGUAAUACAAAUAAAUGGCAAUGACGCUUGUUAUGCACUAGAUAGUAGAGGUGGCUAGCAUUUUAUAAAUUAUUUGAUACGGAAUGAAUUUAUAUGCCAAGAAAAAUCAAGUAUUAAAGUUCGGCAUGCCUGACAACGAUAUUAGAAACGGACGACGUUAUGAUGAUGCCAAAAAUGAUUAUUCAUGUAUUUAAUUCAAUUAGAGUGAGAUGUGCAAUGGUAUAAAGACAAAAACAACUACACUUAGUUAUUAAAUCAUUAAAUAUUUGUUUUCGAGAA